AGGAAGCGGGCUGCGGUUCCGCGUCGGCUGCUCUCCACGGUGGCCUUUUCUGUUGUGUUUCGUCGGCGGUGUUGUCCCACGUGUCAUCCCCUUUGCUGAGCCAGUGGAUCUCAACUGUAAUCUUGGAUGUCUUCUGCCUGGGCAAAGGAUAUCACUGUAUUGCCCAGGUUGGCAUUGAACUCUCAAUUCUCCUUCAACCUCCCAAAUGCUGAAAUUGAAGAGAAAUAGUGCUGUCUAGGGUUGAAACUGCGGAGUGCGGGUCCACUGGCAGCAUCUCACUACAGAAGCCCCAGUCACCCUAGCGACACCGAGGGACAGCUGCUGUUUGUACCACAAGCGAGAGAGUCCUGGCUCCUUUCUCAUCAGCUACCAAAUCUCCUUUGCCACUGCAGAAAUCUCUUCAUAGGAACAGUAUAUUGAAGAGAAUGUCUGGAAGCUUCUACUUUGUAAUUGUUGGCCACCAUGAUAAUCCAGUUUUUGAAAUGGAAUUUUUGCCAGCUGGGAAACCAGAAUCGAAAGAUGAUCAUCGCCAUUUGAACCAGUUCAUAGCUCAUGCUGCUCUUGAUCUUGUGGAUGAAAAUAUGUGGCUUUCAAACAAUAUGUAUUUGAAAACUGUGGACAAAUUCAAUGAGUGGUUUGUGUCAGCAUUCGUCACUGCAGGGCAUAUGAGAUUUAUUAUGCUUCAUGAUAUAAAGCAAGAAGAUGGAAUAAAGAACUUCUUCACUGAUGUCUAUGAUUUAUACAUAAAGUUUGCAAUGAAUCCAUUUUAUGAGCCCAAUUCUCCUAUUCGAUCAAGUGCAUUUGACAGAAAACUUCAGUUUCUUGGGAAGAAGCACCUUUUAAGCUGAAUGCAGAAAAAUACUGAAAAAAAAAACCAAUGUCAUUACAAUGGAGAAUACUCAGGAAUGUGUGCAUUGUGGCUUGAUCUUGAUGUAACAAUUCAGAAACAAAUGUUAAG